AUGGCGACACGAAGGCAGCAAGAACGACAAGAAAAUGAAAGCCCAACAGGUCCAUCAACUCAGCAGAUUUUUACAUCUAAUGUACCGCUCCCACAGCCAAUAAGUCUAACAGGCAAUUUAGCGAAAAAUUGGAAGAACUGGCGUCAGACUUGGCAAGCAUAUGAAGUAAUCACAAACCUCGCCGAACGCGACCAAAAAUAUCGAGUUGCUACGUUUAUCACGUGUAUUGGUCCUGAAGCCAUGGAAAUUCAUAAUGGUUUACCUUUCCGAAAUGACGAGGAAAGACAUUACGAAGAUAAUAGAACUAUGGAACAAUUACUGCAUAGAUUUCAACAACAAGGAGAGACAAUAGACACGUAUGCGACAGUCAUUCGUACUUUAACUGACACAUGCGAAUUUGGAGCCCUUAAGGAGGAGUUAGUUAGAGACAAAAUAGUAUGCGGAAUACGUGACAAUACUUUGCAGAAGAAAUUGCUACAAGAAACCAGUUUAACCUUAGAAAAAUGUUUAAACAUAUGCAGAGCAGCCGAAGCAGCAAACAAUCAACAGAAGCAAAUAUCGCACAACACUUCAGAGUCUACACAUGCACUCAAACCAAAAGGGAAGCCCCAAUUCAAUAGCCAAAGAAAACCGAAGUUACCAUGUCCUGAUUGUAAAUAUUGUGGCAGGCGACAUGAGCGUAAGAAAGAAAAAUGUCCAGCCUACAAUAAAACAUGCAAUAACUGCUCAAUGAAACAUCACUUUAGUUCUGUUUGUCAGCAACCAAAAAGACAACAAAGAGGGCCAAAGACAAUACAAACUGGCAGAUCUAAAACACACCAAGUUCAUGAGGAAAGUGAUCAGUCCACUGAUGAUGAGAUUUGGUCAAUUACAGAACGAGUAAGUACAGUCCCGGGGAGGAAUUGUGUAUGUGCAGGUAUACAAUUGGGCGACCAGAUAAUACAGAUGCAAAUUGACACUGGUGCAACAUGCAAUGUAUUACCGCAUUCCUAUUUGCCUAAAGAUGUCAAGGUCCAGCCAACCAAUAGAAAUUUAUUUACCUAUUCUGAGUCAAAGCUUGAAGUACUAGGCAAGGCAGUGUUGAACAUUAGUAACCCAAAGAACAAUUGUAAGUACUUUGAAGAAUUUUUGAUUGUUAAAGAUGGGUCCAUUCCUCCGUUAGGAGUUAAAACAGCUCAAAAGAUGGAACUGUUAGUCAUUCAACACCAAAAUAUCUUACAUAUGGAUUGUAGUAAUGCAGUAACAUCUCGGGAGCAGCAGAGAUUAAGUAAAGAGGAUGUAUUGUCAAAGUAUGCAGAUCUAUUUACAGGUUUGGGUAAGAUUGAAGGCAAACUUCAUCUAGACGUGGAUGAAACAGUGACUCCAGUUGUGAUGCCACCUCGCCGUGUCCCAAUUGCUGUGAAACACAAGUUAAAAGAAGAGCUUGAUCGCCUUGAAGCCCUUAACGUCUUAGUGAAAGAAGAGAAACCAACAGCAUGGGUGUCUGGGUUUGUAGCAUCUGCCAAGCCAAAUGGAAAAGUAAGGGUAUGUAUUGACCCACAGCAUCUAAAUACCGCACUGAAGCGUAGACAUUAUCCCCUUCCAGUUGUUGAGGAGAUACUCCCAGAGUUAGACAAAGCAAAGUUUUUCACAAAGGCUGAUCUCAAAGAUGGGUAUCUACAGAUCCAGUUGGAUGAAGAUUCUAGCAAGCUUACUACGUUUCAGACACCAUGGGGUAGGUAUCGCUGGCUCCGCAUGCCCUAUGGAAUUUGCCCAGCUUCCGAGUGCUUUCAGCAGAAGCUUGAUCAAUGCCUUGAAGGAUUGCCAGGGGUGUAUAAGAUAGCUGAUGAUUUACUCAUCAUCGGAAAGGGAGACACCGAUGAAGAGGCAGAGUGUGACCACGACCAACAUCUGACUACGCUGUUUGAACGAUGUCGAGCAAAGAAUGUCAAGUUAAACAAGGAUAAGCUGAUUUUCAAAUCCAGGGAAGGGUCCUUUAUUGGCCACCUAAUCACAAGAGAAGGGUUGAAACCAGAUCCUAGAAAAGUGGAAGCGAUCCAGAAAAUGAAGCGACCGGAUGAUGUUCCAGCAGUAUUGCGAUUCCUUGGUCUUGUGAAGUACCUGUCAAAAUUCCUGAACGAUUUAUCUGGAAUGAGCGAGCCUUUGCGUCGGCUGACACACAAGGAUGCAGAAUGGAAUUGGACAGAAGAGCAAGAGGAUGCCUUGGAGCGUAUAAAGGAAGCAGUUGUUAAAGCUCCAGUUCUGAAGUAUUUCAGCGAUACUGAUGCAACUGAGGGACAGGGAGAUGCUUCACAGAAUGGUCUCGGGUUUGCUCUCAUGCAGAAUGGACAACCUGUGACAUAUGCAAGUCGGGCUCUUACUUCGGCAGAGCAGCGAUAUUCACAGAUCGAGAAAGAGCUGUUAGCACAAGUGUUUGGUAUGGAACAUAAUCAUCAGUAUGUGUAUGGUCGUAAGGUUAUUUUAUGGACCGAUCACAAGCCGCUUGUCUCCAUAUCGCAGAAACCACUAGUCACAGCGCCAAAGAGACUCCAGCGGUUACUUUUGCGGUUACAACAGUAUGACUAUGAAAUUCGCUACAAGCCUGGCAGAGAUAUGGUCGUGGCUGAUACGUUAUCUCGAGCAUAUCUAGAAGACCACAUACCUACUAAAACUGAAGUAGAGACAGAGCAUGUCCAUGCAGCACAGUUUCUUUCAAUUCCUGACCACCAGAUGAAAGAGUUACAGCAGAAAACUGCAGCAGAUCCAACAUUGCAAUUACUCAAGAAGGUAAUUUUAGAUGGAUUUCCAAAUUCCAAACACAGUCUACCAGCAAGCAUCCAUCCAUAUUUUGGUAUUCGAGAUGAAUUGUCUGUAGUGGAUGGCAUCAUCUUCAAAGGGCUACGUUGUAUUAUUCCUGUGGUUCUCAGACACAAGAUUAUGUUGAAAUUGCAUGAGUCACACAUUGGGGUGCAAGGAUGUCUUCGGAGAGCUGGAGAACUAGUCUAUUGGCCAGGUAUGAAUGCUGAACUCACUGAUUACAUUAGUAAGUGUGACAUCUGUCUAUCAUCAAGUACAAGUCAAGCUAGGGAGCCCCUUAUUUAUCACGAGAUUCCAGACAGACCCUGGAAGAAGAUUGCCACUGACAUUUUUACGAUAGACGGUAAAGACUUUUUGUGCACAGUCGAUUACUAUAGCGGUUAUUUUGAAGUAGACCCAUUAAGUGGCAAAACAAGUAAAAGUGUAAUUUCCAAGAUGAAGAGACACUUCUCUACUCAUGGAAUUCCUAAUGAACUUUGUAGUGACAAUGGUCCCCCAUUUAACUCAGUUGAAUUUGCUAACUUUAUGAGAUUUGCAGGAACUAAGCACAUCACCAGUUCACCAUUGCAUGCUCAGAGCAAUGGAAGAGCCGAAAAUGCAGUCAAGACAGCCAAGAACCUCAUGAAGAAAAGCAAAGAGGCAUAUAUGGAGUAUUUUAUCUCGUUGCUUAGCUGGAGAAACACUCCUACGGAAGGCAUGGAUACGUCCCCAGCUCAAAGAAUGUUUGGACGGAGAACUCGGACACAGUUACCGACUGCUGAACCAUUACUAAAGCCACAACCAGCGCCAGUUGAUGUAAGAAAACAAAUUCUGACAAGGAAGGAGAAACAAGCAUUCUAUUACAACAGACAGACAAAGGAGCUUUCAACGCUGAAAGAAGGUCAAGUGGUGCGAAUUACCCCUCAACCAAAUGAUCGAGAGAAUAAAUGGAUAAAAGGUCAGGUAACAAGAGAAGCGGGUAUCAGAUCUUAUGAAGUGAUAACUGAGGAUGGCAGGCAGUUCAGGAGAAAUCGUAAACAUUUGCGUGCUUCUAAGGAACAGUUUUAUCCGCCAGACAAACCACCUCCACCUGUGUCACCAUCAUCAACACCACCUCCAUUAACGCCGCCAAAGUUGCAGGUCCAACAUGUUCCGCAGCAGCCCGUUGUUAGCGCUGGGAAAGCCAUCAGUGGAGUGACAAGGAGUGGCCGAGAUUCUUGGUAUUCUCAAAUUUAUGAGAAAUUUAGAGAUGAAAGAAAACAUGCGCAGGAUCCACAGGUCCUUCAAAGAAAGAGAAAGUCGGUGGAUGGCGACAUCAAAGUUGUAAAGAAGUCUUUUCGAAGAGGGGGGAUAAAUUGGGAGUCAGCCUUUUCUGAGGGAGAAGAUGAGAUUAUUGCAAAAUUUGAGAGGAUUUUGGCUGUUACAUCAAGUAUAAAAGAUACCUUCAAAGCCAACUUUCUCCAAAUGAGCAACAAGAUCAUAAUGCUUGCCAAAAUGUCAAAGAAAGUAAAGUGCUAUGAACAGAUAGGGCAGUAUCUGAAGUUGCUAGAAACUGACCCUAAUUGUCAACAGGAUGUUGAAAAUUCAGAUGAUGAAAUAUCAGAUGUUGCCCUGGUAGUAGCUGCCCUGCUGUUGCAGAAGUCUGGUAAAAACGACCUAAGCAGCAUCAUCCAGUUCAUCCCAGAAGGUUCGAAUUUUGAAAAGGCUGCCAGUGAAACGCAAGAGAUGCAUCCAAAGAUAUUGGUCAAGAAGAGCAUUGAGGACAUUGGGAAAAAGGCUGUCGUAGCGGAGAAGAUAGCGGUAUGCCUUUGCAAGGGAUGUUGCUCGACGCAAUUGUUGCGUAUAUGGCCGUGA